GAAACCAGACAUCAGACCAUAAUAUUGACCUUCAGUCUAGUAGAGACUCGUACCGUAGCCUAUUUUAGCAAAAGCUUCCUCUUAUGAUUAUCGCAAAGCUGCGAACAAUGAGGAACCCAAAACCACCAUUCCGUUUUCGGAAUAUCUGAGGCAGGAAGUCCUGUGACUGGAUGCAGCAUUCUAUUCCUUUAUCUGCAAACAUGGUUAAUGAUUUGGUCCUCGAGGCCAUAUAUCAUCGAGGAGAGAAGGGUUCAUUUGGUUUAAAUCGAGCGUUUACUUGUACCUAUGUGUCAACCUGAUUAGCAUCUCAAGCUUCUUGUCGUAGCGGAGGAUUCAUCAAAAGUGCUUCGUUUCUGUUUUACUGUGAACAGUUCAGAUAUUUUCGGAACUUACUAUAUUAUCCAUUAUUUUAUUACUGGGGUCCUACAUACUUCGAGUAUUUUUAAAGAAUCAUACUUCUCAGCCAGCUUCACUCCAUAUUCCAACAACCCAUGACAUCCUACCUCCACCCUGAAACCAUCCACGAAGUUUCCUUCAUCUCAAGUCGCAACCCAAUCCACAUAAGCAUCGAUAUUCGUCAUCGCCAACCCCACAAGACCACUGCUAACUCCAUGCCCGUCACAACCAUGCUUACCCGCUUUCUUCGCUCUCCCUUCUCAGCCCUCAUCCACGCCCUCAUUCAACUUUCUGCCAUUUUCUUCUACCUUGCUCUCCUCAUGAUAACAUACCUCCUCUACAGCAUCCGUUUCCUCUCCUCCAUUACUCAUCUGACUCAACUCCUCUCCUAUCUUUACAACCAAUUCCCCUCCAUCCUCAAACACAAAGCCGGCAUAAUCUACGAAGAACGUCGCCAGCUCCGCCGCAAAUACGCCGAAGCACGAACUGAGCGACUUCGUGAACGGAACGAAGUAGGUGAGCGAGAGCGAGCCCAAAUGCGCGAAGCAGUGCGACGAGUAGCCUGGAAGAGGGGAGUUGGAAAAAUGGAUUAUGGGAUUGAUUUAGCUGAAGAUGAGAAGAAUUACUCGUCAUCCUCCAAGUCCAAACCAGAAGACAAAUUUUCCAAAACAUCAAAAGGCAUAAAAUCAGGAGAAGGAAACCCAGAGAUUGAAGGAUGGAUAGAAGAUGAUGUGAUCAUUCAAUCACCUAUUGAACUUCAAGAAUCACUUGAGAAAUUAGAAAAUCAAGCGGAUUAUGGAAAGAAGGCGGGAUACUGGGACGAAGAGGAACAGAUGAAAGCAAGAGAGGCAGCAAAAAUUCUAUUGAGAAAUGGAGAGAUAGAAGAAUUUCCUAAAUUUGAGGAUAUGGAUACUAGGCAAUGAAGAGAGUGAGAAUACAAGGAAACGGAUGGUUCAGAGUGCAGGCUCUACCCGAGCAAUACGAUUGCAAUCAAGUGCGUGAAUAUAGCAAUCCGGAAGACUGAUUCUCUUGCUAUAGCCCUACAGACACAAAAAUCAAAAUCGAUAAUCA